UGGCAAGGGGAACCUGUGAAAAUAAUUGUGAGGUUUAUUAUCACUGAUGAAAGAUGACAUCAUCAGCAUUGACUAAAAAUAAUUAUGAUUGGGCUUCAUUAUAAUGCGUAACUUUAGCUUACGUGUCUAAAUCUUUGCGAUUUAACCCCGCCCUCUAUGAAAAACGGUGUUUUGGUCCACUCCAGUCAUUUGAGGAGUUGGACCUGGGCGAAAGAUUUUGUAAUGAAGUCGGUAACAACAGUAUUACUAGUGCUGAUGGUGUUUGGCCUCCUGCUUUCAUUUUCUCCAAACAUAUUUGAUAUUGUUGAAGAAAAUGGAAACGGCAUUGCUAAAAAGAAACACGUCCCAUCAACGUUAGGGACUUCACCAGAUAAAUUGUUCUGGUUUGUACAGGUAUCGGACAUCCACAUCAGCAAAUUCUAUGAUGCCAAAAGAGCACCUGAUCUGCUGAAGUUUUGCCAAGAACAACUGACAGUCAUCAAGCCAGAUUUUGUUAUUGCAUCAGGAGAUCUGACUGAUGCUAAAUUACCAGAUGCCAGAGGAUCAAGGCAGUACAUAGAGGAAUGGACAUCAUAUAAGGAAACUGUACAAAAAUGUCAUGAAAUUGUUGGUACAUGGCUUGAUAUUAGAGGAAACCAUGAUGCUUUUGAUGUGCCAUCAGAAGAUGACAAAAAGAAUUAUUUCAGGAAUUAUUCAAUCCAGGGACAUAAACAUCCCAACUCCUAUGUGUACCAUCACAACAAACCCUGGGGCAGGUACUCGUUCAUUGCCAUGGAUGCUUGUCCUGAUCCAGGACCACGGAGGCCAUUCAACUUCUUUGGCUAUAUGAACAAUAGGAAAACAAAGCGCCUGAUGGAACAUGUGAAACAAACGAACGGAAGCAACAUGACAGUGUGGUUUGGUCACUAUCCAACCUCCUUGACAAUCCUUGAGAAUGGAACGAGGAUUAGGUCUCUAAUGAGAAAUGCUACAGCAUUCUUGUGUGGACAUCUCCACACUCUGGCGGGUCUUGUCCCGAGAAUGCAUGCUCGACACAACACUGGCAUGUUAGAACUGGAGCUGGGAGACUGGAAGGACAACCGACUGUACCGAGUUCUAGCAAUAGACCAUGACCUGAUCUCCUUCACUGAUGAACAUUUUGGUAAUUGGCCUGUGAUUUUGGUGACCAACCCCAAACAUGCCAUGUACAUGUCUGACAAGGAGGCACUGGAUAGACCUGCUAAUUCAACACACAUCAGGAUUCUGAUUUUCUCCCCUGAUGAAAUCACCACAGCAGAUGUAUACAUAGAUGGUGUGUAUGUAGGGCCAGCUCACCACAUACAGGGGCCACUGUUUGCAUUGCCAUGGCAACCUCAGAAGUACAUCAACGGUGUUCACAAACUGAGAGUUGUUGUACAGGAUGCUGCUCAGAGAGGUCGAGAGGUGACCCAACCAUUUACCAUUGACACUAAAGGACUGGCUCUCCCAUCCAUUCCAGCCUUGUUAUUGAUAGUCAAUGUUCACAACCUGGCUAAACUUCUAUUCUGGUUUUUGUGCUGUACCUACAUCGGAGUGCUCAUGCUUCUAAGAAGUUGUGAUAACAUCAGAACUAUUUUCAUCAGAGGUAGAUAUAUCCCACCAAUUUGUCGACCAUUGGUCAACUUCAUCAACAGUUGGCUACUGAGGCUGUGGCUCGUCUCCCGCAUCUCUUCACUGUUUUAUCCAUUAGUCGGCUUUACACUUUAUAUUGGCAUGGGUCCCUGGUUUGUGGCUGAAAUCCUGGAAGGUCACCUUGGAGUGGUGUUCAUCUGGGGACUGUAUGUAAAAGGGGUGUUCAUUCCUGGCUCACUAGCCUACCUGUAUGGUAUAUUUCAGAUUGUAGUCUUCAAUGUCCCUAUCUUGCUAUUUCUUGGAUACAUGAUUCAAUUUCUGCGAGAAGAAAGUCAAGGACGAAGAACUGGCAAAGACAAGCUGUGUCGUAUUUAUGUUCCUGUGUCAGCUCUGUUGGUGCUAUCUUGUUACAUUGCUAUGGUGGAGUUCCCUAUUGCCUAUGGGAGUUCCGCCAUGAUAAUGGGUCCUGUCAGAACUGGUUCAAUAAUACUCAUGGUCAUACUGUUCUUCCAAGCCAAGAAGCAUGCUUUAUCAAAUCAAAACAGUUAAUGUUGCUGAAUUUUAGCUGAAAAAUUCUUAUUUAUUUAUGUUAAAAGUUUUGUUUAUUUUAUGCACUAUGUUGUAUGUGGGUUUGUUGAUUUGAUAUAAUAGUUACAAGAAUUGCAAUAGUAACAAGACAAUUCUUGAAAUUUUAUUUGUAAUUGAUCAAUUUAUUUUUUUAAUGCAUUAAACAAUUAAUAUUCAUGCGUUAUUUACAUAUAAGGUGAUAUUGUAUAUCCUGAAUCAAGCAAUGGUAUUUUUUUUUCUCAACAAAUCUUGCUAAUUGGCCUAAAUUUGAGCAAUGUGAUAGCAUAUAUUUAUGUCUAGUCCCCAUUGACUUUCCUGAUGUGGUGAGGUAAUAAGAACUAAAAGAUGAUAUAUGCAGACCAAUUUGAUUUUGAUUAUUAAUAAAAUGCAUAUAAAUGUGUUCAUUAUAAUUGUCCAUAUAAAUUACUAUCGUUAGAAUUAUGAAUGUUGUAAAUUUCAUAUGAGAACUCUCUCAUUAAUUUCAUAAUAAGAUUAAUUCGCUUCAGGUGCUUUGAUUUUGAAGCUCUGGUACUAAAAGCUUUAGACUUGCCACAAGGUAGAUGUUUUUUUUAACAUUUACCCAAAAUGUCCAAUCAUUCUGUCCUAAAACUGGGAUGGUCUAGUCAGACAUCACACAGUGGAGUUUUACCGUGUAUACCAGAUUCAGUUUUAGAGGUCUAGUGAUAAAGUUGUAAAGUCUGGUGUUGUUUGACAAAUGAUGCUUGAUUAUCAAUUUUAUCUUCAGUAUUAAAAAGAUUAAUCAUGUUUCUCUUAAAAUUUUAGGCUUAAAAUUAGUAUUUUCACCCCACUCUUUCUUUGUUUCAGAUCAUUCAUUAGUCAUUGUAUAUUAAAAAAAACCUCUUUACUUACAUGUAACUGUUCCCAGUUUAAGAAAAUUGCAGAAAAUUCAUGUUACGAAUAUAAGAAACAAAUACAUGUAUACAGACAAACCUGUUUAUCUAAAUAGCUGUUUAAAAAUGUAAGUUUCGGAGAUAAAAUCAAGUUUUAAAGAAACAUAUGCAGCCCUUGAAUGUCCCCAUCAAUUUUCCUAUACAGCAACACCAGAUUUGUGGCUUAGUCUAAAUUUCAUUAACGUACAAUUUUUAUUCCAGCAGUCCCAAUGCCUGUGCUACAAUACAAUGUAAAUAAAAGAGAUAUUUGUAUGAUGAUAUCCUUUACCAGUAAAUAAACAAGAGCAGCUUCAUAAUUAAGGCUGUAGAUGAUGCAUCUCUGUUGAGUUAAGAACUUAUUAACCUAAUAAAAUAAAAUCUUCAAACAUUCCCUGACACUAUAGUCAUAUCGUACUGAAUGUAUUUUUUUUUUUUUUUUUUUUAAAUUGAUGACCAGUAAAUUCUGCAUUUUAAAAACAGUCAAUAUUAUUAUGAAUUUUGUCACAUUUCUGUAGGAAAUGAUUCUUGGUCAUUUGUGAUGUUAGUUGCUGUCAUGUGUGCCAUCGUGUUCAACAAAGUUCAAAACUAAUGUAUGGAACAACAAGUACUUGGUACAUUAAGUAUCAUCUUCAUAAUUGACUUUUUCAGUCUCUAAAAAUAUUUUUUGUAAGAGACUAAUAAUUAUCUGAUCUAGCAGCAUUUUGCCUGUUUAUGUACAUUUGGUAUGCCUCAGGCUACAAUUUCUCAAAUGUCUCUACCAAAGGAAAUUAUUCAUACUUGUAUGUUAAAUACACCAAUCAUAUUCUGACAAUUGUGUUUGAAAUUUCUCACAGCUGGCUGAAAUAAUGCCUCCCAUAUUUAAUCUAAAAAAGUUCCAUUGUAAACAGAAACAAGGAUACUAUAUAGAUAUAAUUUUUAUAGGUCACAGGUUUCCUCAGGUUUGACUUUUAUUAUUCGGUUAACUUGGAUGAAAAUUGAUUUUUAAUAUAAAUUCUGCAUUGAACAAUGAGGUAUUUUCUUUUUAUUGAUCUUGUAUUAUUUGACAUGUUAUGUUACCUCAGGAAACUGUUUAUAGUUCAUAAUUCUGUGGAAUAUCAUUUGUCUAAUAUGUAUGUAUUUAAUUUUGCUUUAUAAUAUUCACAGCAAAUCUAUGAUGCCUAAAAUUCAACACCCGGUGAAAUCUCAUAGGUUUUAAAAUAAUAUCCUAUGAUAUAAAUGAUAUAAACAUUUUUACAGGACAUAGCAGUAUUGAUGAUAUUCAAUAACUUGAUCUUGCAGUAAAAUACCUGAAAUAUAACCACACUGGUGUAGUUAGGUGUGACAUCACUGUGGGUUGUAGUUUAACAAACAUCACUUUGCAUUGUUGUUUGGUAUAAUGACAUUGGCUGGGAUAACUUUGUUAUAAUACUCUAUUUAUUUGGUUGGUAAUAUAUAGUCCCCUUAAAGAUUUACAUCUGUAUCGGUAAUAAAUCUUGCAUGUUCAUGUAGCUGGAAAUAUAUUGUCUGGGCUUGAUUGUAUCAGAUUUCAUUUGUAACUCACCUAGCCCUGGUGUGGUGUCCGCAUCCGUCUAGUGUAAAUUUUUUCAUUUAAAUGAUUUCUUCUCACAAACCAAUUAGGUCUAGAAUUUGAUAUUUGACUGGUAGGUUUCCUAGAAUGGAGCCCAACAAUGUUGAGAAAAGGAAUUAUCUUGACUCGUAUUCAAGAUCACAGAGGUCAUAUUUAUUAAAACAUUCAAACAACUUCUUCUCACAAACCAAAAAUGUCUAGAAUCAUGAUAUUUGGCUAGAAGGUUUCUGGGAUUGAGCCCCACCAUUUUACUAACAGUAAUGACCUUAACCCAUAUGCAAGGUCACAGGGGUCAAUUUUUUUUUCCAAAUACUCAAAUGACUUCUGAUGAUUAGCUAAAAAGUCUAGAAUCAAAUUGUUUGGUAGGUUGGUUCCCGGAAUGACAACCAACAAGGUAUUACUUUGAACCAUAUUCAAGGUCACAGGGUUUUGUUAAAACACUCAAAUGAUUCGUCAAUAACUAAAAGGCCUAGAAUCAAGAUGUGUGCCUGAUUAUAGGUUUCUAGGAUGACACCCAAUAAAGUUUACAUGAAGAAAUUACCUUGACCCAUAUUCAAGGUCUCAGGGGUGAAGUUUGUCCAAACUGACAUAGGACUUCUGAUUAACUGAAAGGCAGAAAAUCAUCAAAGAGGUCAAGUGAAUACCGGGUAAGCGAUGUAGGCCUAUUAGGCCUCUUAUCUUAAUGUCAUUAUUAAGGUAUUUCAAUAAAAAAUAUUUUCGUAGAUAUUAGUCUUCUUCUAAUAUACACAAAUACAUAUACAGUACAUGUAUAUCCUCAUUUCAGCAUAUACUUUUUCAAAAAGUUCAGUGAAGACAAUUUCUCCAACUAAUCAUAAAUGUAAAGGAAAUACAGAGCUUUGUUUGGCCUAAGUAUGAAAAAAACAGGCUUAAGAGUUUAAUCCACUUUUCAAAUUGCCAUAAUUUUUUUCUUGAAAGAGGUUUAACAAUAUUCUUUUGUUUGUACAUGUAUGUAAAAUCCAUCUUUAUAUGGCAAAAAAUACAGUAAUUCUUCAAUAUAAGUAAUUCAUAAUACCAUGGCAUGACUUAAAAUUUGUAUCCCAAUGAAAUGAAAUAUUCAUACAAUAAUUUCAGUUAUCAAAUGCAUUUAGAACAAUUUUUAGAUAAUAAUGAUGAGAAAAAAGUUGUGUUAUCUUAGAUGAGAUGAAAUGUAAAAUGUGUAAAUCAAAUUACUUGGUAUGAAAGUUAAACAAUAUUUACAAUCCUUAGGCUCACUUGAGAAAUAUAACAUUAAAUUGAAUCUACAUUUACAACAAAUAGAGAAAACAGUACGAAUGACUGUUACAUCCCAGUCAUAUAUAUAUACAGGUAAGUCACAGGAACUGAUCAAAAUUUAUUUUUGUCUGAAUUGGCUGAUCAUUUAUGUAAACAUGUAUUACAUGUACAGUAUUUAAAUAUCAAUAUCUUUCUGUUGCAUGUCACACAAGUGAUUUUAUUCUGGACGAGAAACUAUUAUAGUUUAUAUUUACAAAAUGAUACAUUUUUAAAAUUAACAUGAUUGAGAAAAUAAAUGUUGUUUUUUUUUGUUUUUUUUUUUUGCUCUGUGUUUACAGCCAAUAGCCAACUCUUGAGAAAUUUUAACUGUUAAUUCUGUUACCUUAAUAUACAUCCUCAUGUGCAAGUAUUUUUGUUUAAAUACAUGUAUAACAUUCACAUUUAGUUUUUAUUUUAAACUUUUAGUAUUUUUCAGAAAAUACUAAUAUUUUUUUUAUUUAAAGAUUUAAAACUUACACUUUAUUGGUGUAUACCAAGGAUUACAUUUUUAACAGUGCCUGUUAUUUUGUGAUAAUUUUUUGCUGCAUAUGUAUGAUUAUAAAUAUUAAUUGUGAUGUGAAAAUGUGUUCAAUAAAAUGUGGCACUUGAAAUGGA